GCGGAAGUGACGGAAAAGCAGGAAGUACAGCUCGCCUUUGCUACAUUGCAGUGGGACCGCAAUGGGCAGCCGUAGUGUCCGCUGAAAAUAAGUCUUUUGGGGCGCUCUUUGCCACCUAAAUCACAGCAUGAAGGAAUCUGCAUAGACCGGCUCCUCUGUGCUGAAUGUCUUCCUCAACUCGGUGAAAAUGACACCGAGAUGACUCACGAGUGGCUUGGACAUCUGUGCAGCGGCAGAGAAUGAAGCUCACUCAGUCUGACACACCUUUCUUUACCUGUAUAUAGCCUAAUAUCGUGAUAACCAUUUAAUUGACUGACAUAUCCAAUUAACGGCAAAGAAAUUAUGUUGCUGCUUUUUGCACAUUAGAAAUAAAUGCAUGAAUUUCUGGUUAUUGUCUAAACACUGAUAAUGUCGCUGAGUGAGCAGUCUCAAAAGUGGUUUCCAACCCAUGUCCAAGCCACUGUCCUACAAGCCACUGGUUUAUCUCCGAAGGGCAAAAAUGGCACCAACGAUGCCUACACGAUUAUACAGUUGGGCAAAGAGAAGUACUCUACAUCGGUGGCAGAGAAGACACUUAACCCUGUCUGGAGAGAGGAGGCUUCAUUUGAAUUACCUGGACUUUUGGUGGAGGGGAACCCCGAGGUGUACGAACUCAUUCUCAUAGUGAUGCACCGCUCUCUCGUCGGGAUGGACAAGUUCCUGGGGCAGAGGACCAUCAAUCUCAAUGUAAUCUUUGACAACAAGGAGCGGAAGAAACUUGACUGGUACCCACUGGAGUCCAAACCAGGAGCCAAGAAGAAGGAGCGUGGGCGUAUCCAGGUCAGUAUCCAGUUCAUGAGGAACAACAUGACAGCCAGCAUGUUCGACCUGUCCAUGAAAGAGAAGCCGCGCUCACCCUUCUUCAAGCUCAAACACAAGGUCAAAGGUCGCAAGCAUGAUGGUGGCUUCUCUGACACUUCCUCUGCCAUUCUUCCCCGCUCUGCCCUGGACUCUGAGCCCAGAGCCCCAGUCGCACCGCCAUCCGCCCCAGCAGCAGGGGCUGAGGCCAAAGUGAAGAGGCCUCUUUUGGCUGGAGGUCACAAACUGUCUGCGGCUCACUCCAUGUCAGAUCUCAUCGGGAAAGACUUCAGGCCCAAACUGGACUCCAUGAACUCCAUAGAGGAAACUGGAGGGCCUCACCGGCGUUCCCAGAGUGAAGUGCCAGACUUCCAGGAUGGAGAGGGCCGCGUUGACCCCUUCACUGAUAUCACAGACGCACUGCCACAGAAGUACGCCACGCUCCCACGCAACCGCAACCCGUUUGAAGGCGAGGGGGGCGGACAGCAGCUGUUUGACCGGCCCAACAAGGAGAAGAAGGAGAAGGUCAGUCUGCUGGAGAGAGUGACUGGGAAGAAAGACGGGAAGAAGACCACCAACGGGGGAAAACUGGGGAGCACCGGAGACCUGCGCACCCCAAAUCCUUUCACCAGCAACGGGCAGCAGGCAGAAACCAACCCCUUCAGCUCCAACUUUAAACCGAGUGACAGAAAGUCCGCCGGAAGCGAAGCCGGAACAUUUGGACAAAAGAAAGACAAUCAAGACAAGAAGAACAAAGCUGGGACCCCCGUGGAGAGCGCAGCUGCCUACAAAAACCUGUCAUUUGAGGAAGUGGUCCAAGAGCUGGUCAAACAGAAGGAGAUAGUGAAGAAGAAGGACGCCCAUAUAAGGGAGCUAGAGGAUUACAUCGACAAUCUGCUAGUCCGUGUCAUGGAGGAGACUCCCAGCAUUCUGCGCACGCCGUAUGAAGUCAAGAAAAAAGCAGGCAAAUUUGGCAAAAAAUGAAAGUAAAGACUAGAGGAAUGACUUGAUAACAGUAUAUUACACAGUGCAUUGAAUGGGAGCAAAUGGGACUUCUGGAAGCCAAAUGUGGUUGAGUUUUUAUGAGUGAAUGUAGGUUUUAUAGACUUUUGAAUGGUUUGGCUAUUUUAAUGAAUGAAAAGUUGUGGCUUUUAUGGCACAAAUGUCAUUUCUUAAAUUCCAGUUUUGUUGCUUUAAACAUUUUUAGUUGUGCUAAGGUACUAAAGCAUUUUUUUUUUUUUUUACAAAUUAAGUUUUACAAUUUGCUCCUGUAACCAUGAUUAUGCUACUGGCUGUAGUUGUGCAAAAGGUGUAACCAUUUUUUUUUCUUUACAUUUUUUUGAGCUCUUUUGAAAACAUUAACUUUAUUUCAAGUUAAAGGCACUGUACCUGAUUUUUACUGCCCUAAACACGUGCAAAACAGCUGCAACUGUUAAUUUUUAACAGUUUGCAAUGGUCCAGAGUUAUUCCUCUUACUUUAUGCAUUCCAAACUUCCUUAUUAUCCACCAUGAUGAAUUUAUAAAUGCUUUUCACAAGUUUCAGACCAGUGCGGAGUUUUGCCGUGAUGGUAAAGCUAACAACAACUAGCAACACGAUCGACACGUCCUGACAAUCGGACAAUAUUUCUAAUUAGAUGCAGACAGCACGCGGCAGAUUUAUUUAGAUGUCAAGAGCUGCAUAUACAAUAUAUCUACUAUACGUGGGCAGGUUUCAUGGGGAAAAUAUCAGGUACAAGGCUUUUAAGUUUGACAUUACGCACCUGUAAACUCUGUCAACAUCUUAAUAACAUUUGUACAUGCAUUUGAAGUUAGUGGAUAAGCAAACAUUUUUACAUUAUUGCUAUGUACAGAUUUCUAUGGUACUGACAUGGUCAUUUUACACUUACAAGCCAAAAUGCCUAUGCUAAAUGACCUGGCUGUAAUGAAGCUGUAUUUCGUUUACCAAUUUCCAUUUUAAAGUUUCUAUUUUAUCUGGUUUACACUGACGUCUUAAAUGAGGCCCUGCUCCUCCCUGCUGCAGAUGCGUUGAACUCUCCCCCUUUGCCCCAAAUGAAUCACUUUAGGUAUGUCUAUUACAGGAAACAGGGCUAUAGAAGGAUAUCACCGCAGCAUCUGGUGUAUCUCAACUUUCAUAAAGAAGAGGACAUUUCUACCACUGGAAUCAUGUUAUUUAUGGCAGACUCUCACGUUAAGUGCAAUAAGCGUGUUCCUUUAUAAACUGCUAGUAAUAGUAUUGUUUACAAUUUAAUUAUGUCAUAGAUUUACGCUAAAAACCUGAGAGUGUGUGUUACUGCCUGCAGAUUGAGUGCCCUUCCUUGUCUAUAGAUGUUUAUGUAACACAAUGCUGCACUUGGGGACGUUUGCAGAACAAUCUUUUAUGAAGGCAUCUCAGUUUCAUCAUGUUUAUACUCUGGUGUAACACUGGACCCUAUUACUCGCUACAUUCUCACUUUAAAGCUGCAAACUGCUUAGGGUUUUUCCAUUAAUAUAAUUUUUAGUAAGUCCUUGUGUCUACUAUUCUAUUUUUUAUUUAUAAUAUUUAAUGAAUGCCCAGUUUUUAUUUUUUCUUAAUUUGAAAAUAUAUCUACCCAUAUGUAAACGGUAAAUCGAUUGCAACUGAAAGUACAUUACUUGGUUAGUAAUUUGUUACUCAAAAUGUUAAUAUAAAUUUGACACACUGAACCAGUUUAAAAUUAUAAUUUUUAUUUAACAAUUGAGAAUUGUUGUAUUUGCAUGAACAUUUUAAACUUACAUGUUGUAAUGAUGGCUAAUAGUUGUACAGCUCUGCCACACCUCAAACUCAAAGUACUUUAAGUAUUUACUUUAGGGAUGUGUGAUAUUGUUGACAAAUUGUUCUCAAAAAUGUAAAUAUGAAAGAAAAUAGGUUUGAGAGUUUCACUGAUCACACAGCCCUAUUUCACUUGUAAAAAGGCAGUGCACAGCCUCAUAGGUUUACACUGAUCUCUGUAUGUAGCAACUUCACACUCAGUGUUAAAAUGUGCUUUGUACAAACACUGAUCUCACACUCAAUGUUGUCACUGUUUAAUAUUCACUGCUUUUUUGAUUGUUAGUGGGGUUUGUUCAUUCAAAUGGACAUGAGUGUGUUUGAGGGGCCUUUACACUGUAUGACACCAAAUCACAACAUAUUUACUGUAUAUUAUCAAUGACAAUGCCCUUAAUUAUUUAAAUGUAUGAAUGUUGCUCUUUUUUAACAGUUUUAAAAGCUGAAAUGAUUCAAAUGAUGCUACAUCUUGGGAUAUUUGGGCCAAAAAAAUCAGAAUGUAUUUUUUUGGCUUUGUGAUUUGAAAUUUUUUUUUUUGUGUGUGUGUCCAGUCCAUUCCACUGGAUCUUAUUUGCCUUUCGCAUUGGUACUUCCAAAGAAAUUAUUUUAAUUAUUUGUAACAAUUCUUAAAAUUUGUCAGUAUGUUCUGUGUCGUCUGCCAAUAUUUUAAGCAAAAACAUUUUUAUUGGGAUUUUUUGCUGGAUUUGUGAAAAUGAUGUGUUUUUCCUAAUGAUCAAAUCUUCAUGAGUGGAAACUAACUUCUCAUGGUACUUUCUUCCUAAACUAAUUGUUAAGGACUAAUUAAGGAAUACUAAAGAAAAGUAUUGUUUAGAAGAAAAAAACAACAACUUUCUUGAGGAGGUUCCAUUUUAAAUGUAUUGAUCUUGCCUUUAUUCAAAUACACGUGUUUUUAUUGUUUAAACCUACCUGACUGUCGAACAUUCCAGGCAAAGCUUUAACAUUUCCAUGGAAACAAGCAAGUGGCAGACCCUCCACCACAAAAGUUACAUCGUACUCUUUUACAGUAAACUAUAGGUAUUUCCUUUUGCACAAUGUAAGAUUUUUAAACACAUACAUUAGAAACAGGAAGGCCCAAAACCAAUUUCAGAAUAUGUGAAGUAAUUAAGUAGAUACACAAGGUUACUUGAACUUGAUUAUUAUUUUUUAAACUUUCUAAAAUGUAAGACUUGUCAUACCGUUGUAAUUAUUGAACAGACACUUUGCAAACUCACUUUAAAAUAGCUUGACUUGCAGUUAAUUUAAUCCAAAGGCUACACAUGUCAAAAAAACAAAUAUAUUUAAUUGGCUCAAACAUUAUCAACAGAAAGAUUUAUAAUUGUUAUUUUUCCCUCAACAAAAUAUGUACAAAAUGAUUUAAAGUUGUGACCAUUGAGCUGCUGUGAUUGUACACCUGCUUCCUAUUGAACUGAAUGAAUUAUGAGCGACUGAUAAAGCCUCAAAUGUUGAAUAACAAAGUGCCCGGGACAGAACAAAAAUAAGUUCAUUCAAAUUAAUCUUGUAGUUUUAUUGCUGUAUUUGAUUUACGCUUUUCAUUUAUUUCCUCUCUAAUUUUAUUAACAAUUUUCUAACCAUUUGGAAAGGUGCGUAAUUAUUUUUAAACAUUUGCAUAAUUUAAGUCGCACUAAUUUAUGGCAGUCUUUGUGUAUGUUCUGAUUAACUGCACUUGUGUUUUGAUUUCUUGGUGAUAAUGCUGUCAAUAGGGUUGUACUGUAACAUUUUCAUUGCUUUGAAGCUCUCUGGAAUUUUAAACGUUGACAUUUUUAUUGCAGAAUUAUAUGGAGCUAGAUACAAACUUAUUGCCACAGUCUUCCUAUUUAUUACUGAUAAUAUUGUGUUUGCCUUUAUUAUGAUUCUGGUGUGGAUUUCAAUGUCAGUUCUUUUUUUUUAAUCAAGCCCUAGAAGCCCAGGAAUCAAACGUGCACUUCUGGUUAGAGUGUCUAUCCACUUGUUUCCACGGAGAUGUCAGCGCUUUUCGUAGAAUGUUCCGCGUUAUGGCUUUAAACGUCCAUCUUGCAUCGCACAGUGUGACAUUAAACUCAUCUCUGUGAAGUCCAGUUACAGGUCAGAACUGUCAGACCCUGCUCACUGCAAGAAGUCACCCCUGUAAGUGACUUCGUGCAGUGAGCAGGGUCUGUAACUGGACUUCACGGAGAUAGUUUAAUGCCAUACUGUGGAACAUUCCAAGCAAAGCAGUAACAGAUCGGUGGAAACCAGCAGAUUGUGAACUCUACAGCUGAGACGUGAUAUACUGUAGUGCACAUUUUGUUGUUUUGUUUUUGAAGGAGGCGAGCGUUGACUUUCUAAACUUUUUUCUACUAACGUGUACACUGGUUUCAAAUUAAGCUGUGGCACUAAAAAAACUGAACUGACUUGACGAUGUAUUUAUGAUUGAAUUAUUCCAUGUGCUUAACGUAAGGCCUUUUUACCAGUUUGAUGAAUGCUUGUAUCAUAACUAUUUUACUCUUUUAAUACUAUUUUUCUGUUGGACCAAAGAUGAUACUUUUUUUCCCCUUUAUUGUGCUUUCAGGACCAGCUGUACUAUUGUUAUCACAAUCCUGUAUUUAAUCAUUAUGAAUGUGAUGAUUUUAUGCUGUUUAAUCUAGUACAUUUGAAGGUGCCCAUAUGCAAGAUGUGAAUGUUUGCUUGGACUUUUGUGAAGGGCCUGUUGACACUAUAGAACACUGUAGCUCCUUUAUGCUGGAAAAUAAUUAUGUGCCAAUGAAUGAAGCGAGAACUUAGCCUAGAAACGUUAUUCACCUAAUUUUGUUGUAUAACACUGGAGAAGAGAUGCAAUCGGUUGUAUUGGACUUUUCAAUAAACCCACUUGAAUGAAAA